AUGAGAGUGUACUUGAACCUGAUGCUUUAACGACUGCAAGCAGUGCAUUUUCACGUGCUGAUAUUGGUCAAGAAAAUACAUCAACACUCAUGAAAAAUAAGUCAAAAAAAAAAAGAAACUCGGCCCCCAUGCAACUGCAUAGCACAAAUAUUAAAGUUAACAAUUAUCAGAGUGACCUACCAUUAAUAUCACAAAAAAAAAUUCGAUCUUUAUCAAAUACUGUAAUUUCGGAAGACGACCAAGAUAAUACAGAUGAGAGUGUACUUGGACCUGAUGCUUUAACAACUGCAAGCAGUGCAUUACAUGCCGAUAUUGGUCAAAAAAAUACAUCAACCCUCGUAAAAAAUAAGUCAAAAAAAGAAAUUCGGCCACCAUGCGAUCGAAAAAAAUUCGAUCUUUUAUCAAAUAUAGAGCAAGUUACUGUAAUUUCGGAAGACGACCAAGAUAAUAUAAAUGAGAGUGUACUUGAACCUGAUGCUUUAACGACUGCAAGUAGUGCAUUUUCACAUGCUGAUAUUGGUCAAGAGAAUACAUCAACCCUC